AAGGUUAUUCUGCAGAGAACAAUACAAAUAGCAGGCUUGUAAAGAAAGUGCGCCACAGACAGACAGAGUGAGUGAAAGAAAAUCGGAAGCCUGUGAGGAAACAAAAUCGAAACUUAAGCAGCUCUCAGCCCAAUGCACUGUAAAGGGGGAAAGCAGCAGGUGCAUGCUCAAAAUGGGAUGGGGGGGUAUCGUUAACACCACCACCCCCAAAAAUGCACAAUUUUCGUGUUACAGCUAGCGGUAGUCAUUUCAGUUCAUCCCAAUGAGACACAUAUUUUUAUUCCUUUUGCACCAAAAAGAUUCGUUCUUUCAGUGCACAUUUCUGUAAGUUACAUAGUUACACCAGUAGGAGGCGCCAGUGAGUGUCUUUUUAGAUAUCAUGAGUUCACUCAAUACAUUCAUUUACAAAUGCUAUGUUUUCAAGAGACAACCCAGAUAGCAGACCAACACUGAAUCAACAGUGACUACGUUUACAUGGACAAUUAUUGAUCUUAUUCUGAAUAAGACAAUAUUAUGAUUAAGGUGUUUUACAUGAGUCGCUUUUAGAAUAUUCAUUUCAUGUACCAGUUUUACAUGUCAUAGAACAUAGAUCGAUUAACGGCACACAUCAUUACGUCACUGCGCCACGCCGUCCGACGUUCCCUCCAGAAUUUCACGUAUCGACGUACAGUUCGUCUUCGUUAUGGGACCGUAUACAGUUUUGGGUGUUUCAUUUUUAAUUUUACGAAAGCUUCAAGUGCAGUUAAUUAAUUGUCAUGCUGUACGUGCAAAUACACGACUGCUUGAAGCCGUGGGCUUCCUCCCAAACCACAUACUUGCCUACUAUAUAGUAGCUAAAAUACGUGUAUUACGCCUACUAUAUAGCAGGUAAGUACACGGUUUCGGACGCAGCCGUGCUCUCUCGUUUGCCGUCAAACGGUUGAGUGCUGCCGUGUGUGAUCGUGUCCUGUGGCAAAAUGCAGUGAAUGUGUACAUGUCUAACGCACGUCGAUAAUGCGAUUAAAACAGGAAUACUCCACGUGUCUUAAUUUGAUUUGUGUUUACUUCAAGUAUGACUUUAGUCGGCUUAAGGUCAUCAAUAAUCGCUGUUUACAUGUUGAUAUUAAUCAGUGUAUCGUCUUAAUCGGGUUACUAUCGGAUUUUUGUUGUUCAUGUAAACGUACUGAUUUUUACAUCAUUCAUUUCUUUCUGUUAUGUAUUUCCCAGUUCACCAGAGGGCGACACAAUCACAAAGAACAGAUGAUCCCCCCUCACCGGUCGUUUUCGAAGUUACACCCUGCUUACGAGGUUUAUACAGUUUUACAGGUGUUUUCUCUCGGACAAAGCAAAAACAGCACCACUUUUAUUUAUCGUGUUGAUUUCACACUCGGUUUCAAAAGCCACAUCGCUCUCUGAACGACAUUUUAAGAAGAGUUCCGCUAUGCAUCGUUUUAUCAAGGUACCGGUGUUGAUGUGUGCCGACGGAUUCCGGGCGUUCUUGCACACACACUGCCCCGUUGUGUUGGAGCGGUUUUGCCCAACGCCGUGGUGCUGGGGCGGCCGAGUGCAGACGCUCGUGCGUGUCUUCAUCAAGUCCUGCCCUGCUGUCACAUAUCGCAACGAGAUAAUCAGGACAGGUGAUGGCGGGCAGCUCUCUCUAGACUGGGCGGAUAACCUGGAUAGUGCAAAAUACCCACAAUCCUCGUCCCGGCCUACGGUGCUAAUCCUGCCCGGGCUGACAGGAAACAGCAGGCAGACGUACGUCCUGCACAUGGUCCAGCAAGCCGUACAACAUGGAUACAGGUGUGUGGUGAUGAAUAACCGGGGUUUUGGAGGAGAAGAGUUGCUGACUCCUCUUACAUUCUGUGCUGCCAACACUCAGGACGUGGAGACAGCUGUCAAUCAUGUGAAAGAGCUCUACCCACAAGCCCCUCUGCUCGGAGCUGGGGUCUCUCUUGGGGGGAUGCUGCUGUUGAAUUAUCUGGCGCGUAAAGGGCGUGACUCGAAGAUGAUCUCCGGUCUCACCCUGUCCGUGAGCUGGAACUCGUUCGAAUCCUCCAAAUCGCUGGAGCAGCCAAUCAACAAGCUGCUGUUCAAUCGCCAUCUCACCAGUAACCUGCGCCACACCAUCAACAGACACAGAAAGAUCCUGGAGAAGGUGAUCGACAUAGACCAUGUAUUAAAGGCACGUACGAUUCGUGAGUUUGACGAGCGCUUCACAUCUGUGAUGUUUGGCUACAAGUCGUGCGUUGAUUAUUACCAGGACGCGAGUCCGUGUAACAAACUGCCCCAGAUGGCUGUCCCUGUGCUGUGCCUCAACGCCGCAGAUGAUCCCUUCUCCCCAAAACACGCUUUCCCAGUAGCUCUGGCUCAGCGCUCGCCAAACGUGGCUCUCUUGGUGACAUCACACGGAGGGCACAUCGGCUUCCUCGAAGGGCUUUUCCCGCACGGCGAAGGCUACAUGGAUCGAGUGUUCAGUCAGUUCGUCCGAGCUGCUUUCGAGCACCAGGAGGACCUGAAGGAGGCCUGCAGCAGCAGCAGCGACAAGUAGCACAAACCUCACAGCAGCUCAGAUUAACCACAAACCAUUAACCAUUAAUACACUCUCUCGAAACCUCGUUUGGAUAGCAGAUUAGAAGGAAGUUUCACUUAGAAAUGACUCUGAAAAUGCUCGGAAUUUUUUACAGCGUGCCAUGAAGUGCUCUUAAAAGGGAUCGAGGGUUUUCCAUUGAGAUCCAGUUUGUUGGCUGUCAAAAUUGUAAAAUUUGUAACGCUUGCUAAAGAUGAGGUUAGGUUAAAAUUUAAAUAUAAAAACAAACAUACAUAUACAAUUUUUUUAUUUACCUCAAGACAUGCUGGAUGUCCAAGAUUUCCGUCUUUUUUCAUAUAAAUAUAUUAGGGGUUGCACGACUAUUAAUUAAUAUUUACCAGUGGACCAGUAAUUCCAAAAAGUAGUGGACUAGACGUCUUUUCUACAAAAAAGAAACA